AUGGUGGAUGAUUUUUCCACCGUUGUGAAAAUGGCCAUGCCAUCUAUAAAUCCUGUUAAUUACAUUAUCGAAAGACAGUAUAAAGACAAUAUUUUUAUAAAAAAUAAAUUGGUUAGUGCUAGGUUGUCAAAAGCUAGAAAUUUAUACAGGAAAGAUCUGCUUGCACAUUAUGGGUGUGUGAAUGCCAUAGAGUUUUCUAAUGAUGGUGAAUAUUUAAUCUCUGGUGGAGAUGACAAAAGAGUUUUACUGUGGUAUAUCCCGGAAGCGAUUUACGAUCGUGGUUCCCCUGUUACUAUGUGCACGCCCCACAGAAGCAAUAUAUUCUGUUUAACUUUUGAUUCUUGUAAUGAGAAGAUCUUUUCUGGGGGUAAUGAUGAUCAGGUUUUGAUUCAUCAAAUAGAAAGACGAAGUAUGGUGAAUUGCAUUCCACAUGAUAAACCUGUAUAUGGAAUUAGUAUCCACCCACAGAACGAUAAUAUUAUUGCCACUGCAGGCGAGGACGGUAGAAUAUUACUUUUUGACAUCAGGGAAGUUCCUAAUCAAGAAGUUCAAGUAGUAGCACAAGAAAAUAGUGGCUUUCACUCUGUAAUGUUCAAUCCAAUAAAACCACGUUACCUCGUUACUGCCAAUUCAGAAGAAGGCGUCAGCCUUUGGGAUUGUCGAAAACCUAAAAAUCAACUGAUCCACUACGAUUCACAAAGCGGCAAAACUAGCGGAAUAAGCGCUUGCUUCGACUGUACCGGCAAAAAAGUACUAGCUCUAAGACGUCGCCUGCCUCCCGUUUUAUAUUUAGCCGAAUCUGAAAAUGCCUUGUGCCAGUUUUAUCAUCCUCAGUACUAUAAUUCAUGUACCAUGAAGACGUGCUGCUUUGCCGGUGAAAACGAUGAAUACGUCCUCAGCGGGUCCGAUGAUUUUAAUCUGUACAUGUGGAAGAUACCAACAGAUGAUUGUGAAUGGGGAUCAUCUCAUAUGAUUUUACGAGGUCACAGAUCCAUAGUGAAUCAAGUACGGUAUAAUAGCCAUAAUAAUUUUAUAGCGUCUUCUGGUGUCGAAAAAAUGAUAAAGCUAUGGAGCUCAGUUCCAAUAGGAAAUUGGAGAGGUUCGAUUCUUAGAGAACAUACAGAACCAGUUAGAAAAAUAUAUACUCAUGAUGAUUACAUGAGUUUGGUGGGCAAUAGUGAUCGUAUAAAUCACGACUACAGUGACCAAUCAACCGGCGAAGAUUCCAAAAUGAUGGCCUUUUUCGAUUCGCUAAUUCAAAGAGAAAUCGAAGGCUGGGAUUCCCAGACCGACGGCACGUUUUCGACCGAUAGCGAUAGCGAAGAAGAGGAUUGGUCUAAACUUAUUUCUAAAAUAUUCAAAAAUGGCAAAUGCAGUUCCGAGGAACCAAAGAAAUAUCGAUCAAAUAGAAUAACGCAAUUGAUUUCUAAGAAAAAAUGUACACUAGCCAAGUUAGCCCAUAGCAAAAGUACAAGUUAUAGAAAAAAAUAUCAUCAAAAACUCCAUAAAAGAAAAUCGGCCAAAUCCAAGUAUGGUAAGCAUAACGGUUUCCAUAAAAAAUCCCACAAGAAGUGUUCAUCAGAAAGGGACGGAUCAUCUGUUGCUGCUUCGACUCCGAAGAAGCAUAAGAGGUCAGCCACUAGACCAUCCAAAUACUUUACUAGGAGUGUAAAACAUAUGACUGAUAAUGACUCGACUGAAAAUUCUCUCGAUACUCCUAGUACCAGUACCGGCAUUACUGGUUCGGAAAGGUCCAUUUUCAGACUGAUUGAACAAGACUCUGAUGAAGACGCUAGGAAUUUAAACGAUAUCGAAGGCGGUGAAGAAGUAGAAGCGAAUAAUUUUGUAAAUAUUUUACCCACACCUUUGAAUGGUUCUAGAGACGUAUUAAUAAACAUAUUGGAGGUAGCCAACGGUAGUACGAGAACUUUAAGAUCUUCCACGUCAACAACUCGACACUCCAACGAAGACUACCAGCGCCAGCCUCAAACCAACGGCGCAAGCUCCUUAAACGGCUCGUCCGCUUCCCCCGAAAAUGCAGAUCAAGGCUACAGUGAGACUAGCGACAGCGAUGUCGAAUACGCAACUCCAGCUAAGCGACGACAUACUAGCGUUUCAGAUUCCGGUUGCGGCACCGGACCGAGCUCUAGCAGUAGCGUUAGGUCAAGGAAAACCAUGCAUCGGCUACAUCCUGAAUGUUCUAAUGACGACAGAAGUCCCGACAGAGACAGGUGUCGAUACAAGAAAUGUAGGUAUACCAUUCGAAAGGCCAAGAGAGUCAAAAAGAAAAUCGGUGCUGAUUCUGAUGAAAAUUAA